AUGGACGUAACGUUCGAGCUCCAAAAAGGAAGAUCAUUCUCCAUGGAAGUUGGUUACUUCGACACAGUUCUAGAAAUCAAAGAGAAGGUCCAAAAGUACCAAAACAUUCCCAUCUCGAAGCAAACCCUAAUCCUCAACGGCCAAGUUCUCCAAGACAGUGACGACCCUUGGAAGGUCGAAAUCCUCCACAACUCGCGCAUUCACCUCCACGUGUCCCCUGAUAGCAACAAGGACGAGAACAAGGAGGUCGUUAAUGUUAAUGUUAAUGCUAACGUUGUUAAUGCUAACGUUAAUGUUAAUGUUAAUGUUAACUCUCCGCACACCAAGAUUCAGCUCAACAUGAAAGUGGCGUCCAAAACGCACGUGGUGACUCUCGAGGUGGACGUGAACGACACCGUUUUGAGGCUCAAGGAGAGGAUCCACGAGAUGGAAAACGUGUCUGUGGCGGUUAAUCGAUUGGUCUUGCAUGCUUCUUCAACGGGAGCGGAGCUACUUGAUCAUCAGGUGUUGCGAGAGUGUGACAUUUCGGAGAACAGUGAGAUCGACGUGAGUUUCCGGCCGUCGCCCACGGCGUCUCCGUCGGUGAAGAAGCUGAAGCUGAUGGUGUUGCCCAAGAGUGGGACGAAGAAGGUUCCGGUGGAAGUGAACGCUUCUGAUAAUGUGGGAGAGUUGAGGAAGGAGUUGCAGAAGGUGCACCAAAGGCUUCAGUUUCAUCUACCACAAGAUGGGUAUUUCUUCAUUUACAAGCAGAAUGUUAUGGACGAUGAUAGGUCUUUCCGUUGGCACCAUGUUAGCCAGGGUGACACCAUUGAAAUCUUCAACGGAAGUGUUACCGGUGGAUCAUGA